UCUAUUUUUCGUAAAGCUUAAGUCUUUUGAUUUCAGAUGGGCGAUAGAUCGAUGCGCAGGUAACAUGAUUUCAGAAGCAAGAUGGUUGGCAGUGACGACCAUUACAUUAACAACACUCUCCGCCGCCAUCUCCAUCUCCAUCUCUGCUUACAUAUUCAACCGUAAAUGUAACGCUCUCAAAUCCAAAAUUCAUGAGUUGGAGUUAUCUCUCAAGUCUUGCUCCGAUAAUUGCGCCUCCGAAAGACAAGGCCGAAUUAGGGCUCAACAGAUGUUGAGAAAACAACUAACUCAACCUAAAUCUGAAAACCUAAACCUCACUUAUUAUCCCAUGAUUCCUAUUGGCACCAUUCACUCAUGCUUCUCUACCAGGAAUGGAACACCAAGGCAACCAUUACUUGUACCACUUGCUAGAGCAUGUUUGGUUUUCAAUACAUCCCGUGUUCCUCCAGCAUCGCUUGAGGGUUUAGCGGAAUAUUCUCAUUGCUGGAUUAUAUAUGUAUUUCACUUAAAUACCAAUCUUGAAAAGCUAUGGAAGCAUCCAUCUCAAUCAGGGUUCAAAGCAAAGGUGAGGGUCCCUAGACUUAAAGGUGGAAAAAUUGGAGUUUUUGGUACGAGAUCUCCACAUCGUCCGUGCCCCAUUGGACUCACAGUUGCAAAGGUAGAGGCUGUCCAGGGAAAUAUGAUUUUGCUUUCUGGUGUGGACCUGGUUGAUGGAACUCCGGUUCUUGAUGUCAAGCCUUAUUUACCAUAUUGUGACAGCAUCCAAGAAGCUGCAGUGCCAAAUUGGCUUAUGGAGGAUAACUUACUUUCAGUAGCUUCUGUCAGCUUUUCGGAGGAAUUCAUUUCAUCACUUGAAAGUUGCUGGAUAACAGCAGAAAAGAAGUCACUCUAUGCAUCACCAGGUGAAUUCCAAAGCUUAGUAAUGCAGGUUCUAUCAUGGGAUAUUCGAUCAUUGAGUCAGCGGAAUAGGCCUCGUGAUGCUAUCCGGAAGAAAGAAAAGGGUCAACUUUUGUGUGAUACUUCUGAUGUAGAUGAUGAACACCUAGGGGAAACAGCUAUUGUUCACGAAAGAGAACAAAAUUCUCUAAAUUCUAUGGAAGUAGUUUAUCACCUCAUUUUGGAGGGACUUGAUGUCUCAUAUAGAAUUGAUCAUGAUGGUAAUGUCAUUGUAGAAAAGGUAUCAACCUCUGCUGUCUUGGACAAUAAGCUUGAUUCCUACAAUUACUUGACAUGGAAAGACAAGCUGCAGUGAUUUCUAUUGUUGUACCUGAUUACUUUAUUUAUUUUGACAAUUACCUGAUGACAUUUUUUUUUUACCAAAAUUACCUGAUGACAUUUUAAACCUUGUUGAAUUUGAUUUACUUUUUUGAUAA